CGGAUUUUGUAUUCAGAAGGAUUACUUAUGUGAUGGACUAGCUGACUGUCAAGAUUCUUCAGAUGAAACUCCUAAUUGUGGUAAGUGUGGAAACGCCAAAAAUCACUGCAGCAAAGAGCCUGGGAACGAGGUUGGCGUAUACAUGCAUGAACGAGUCUUUGAAGAGGGUAAAAUAAUACACCUUAUGCAUAAUGACGUGAUGGGUGGGUUGGUAAUGCGGCAUUGUCCUUAGUCAUGGCGGGCAAAGAAUCCAACAUGGAUGCAAUCGUAUAUAAAGGGGAGUGUGCUGCUGUUCUUUGUCGUUUUUUAGAGGCGGGGGAUCUUUGAUUGUUGAUUAUUGACUCGUACUAGUCGAUAAAAGCGAACUGUUGCCGUUACUUUCAGGACUGCCAAACUUCUGAAGACUCGUGCAAGAAUUAUGAAAAUGUCGCGGGUCUUCAUUGGCUUGAGCAGCCUCUAAAAGACGACAAAAGAAAGCAGGGUAUUUGCCUAUGACAAUGGCCAUGGUGGAUUGUUAAUUUUACGGCCAUGACUAUAGCUACUAAGACCAGAAUUCCGCGUGAGCAUCACGCCUUGUUACGUCAUUUUGCAUAAUGUCUAUUCGCGCAAAAUUAAACAUACACGUCUAGCAUUACCCCAAAAUACAUCAAGGAACUUGUGGAUCUUUCUAAACUGGGUUGCACCCGAAUCGCGGAGUCGUAUAUUCAAUCGAUUCCUGCCAAUUAUGAGCAAGCGUUUGUACUGAAGCGGCUGGCCAUAAAUAUUCCAACUCAUUUGCUUAAGCACCGCCAAGGUAUCCUAAUUUGCAUAUAACCUCAUAUACCCUGAUUGAGGCUGAGUGAAUUUGAUCCAGAAAAAACACAAACCAGCCUCACAUAUUAUUAAAAACCAAUUUAAAAUUGACAAGAGAUGAAAGUGUGCUUCCAAAUAUCUAAUGCAAUUCUAUGAGUAUAGCUCGAGCUACUUAUAGAAUUGCAUUAGAUAUUUAGAAUAGAAUUCCAUUUUUUCCCCCAGUACUUACCACCAGGUAUGUAUUUACCUUUAGGUCCCAGUCCCUUCAUCUUUUUUGAAAACGUUAUUUUAACCUGUAAAAGAAAGCAACAAUUACCGGGUAUGGCGGGAGGGAUUGCCUUUUUUUAAAUAUAUAACCGGAAUGAUCUUCCCGGUUAUAGCUAGCACAACUACAAAACUCUUGAUCAACGAUCGGACUUAUAUUGCAUGAAGACUUCCAUUAUUUUAAUAUUAUACGUAGUAUAAUGCUUGCUUUUUUCUAUUGAACAUAGGCAUAAUUAUUCGUUGCAAGCAAAAUCAAUUUCGGUGUGAUUCAAACUGCAUUCCACUUGAUUGGCUAUGUGAUGACCACGCUGACUGUUCCGAUGGAAAGGACGAAAUGAAUUGUAGUACGUAAAAUGCGAAUAUUUUUAGUGUUAUAGGUGACUAACGAUAGCGACCGGGCUGGGCGUAUUUCUUGUCUUCCAUGGCCGGAUUUUGACGCGAGGUGUGGGGAGAUGUUAACCUCCUCUGAGAUCGUUUUGGACUUCCUCUGAGAUCGUUUUGCACAUCCCCGGAGAUUUUACGCCCCUCCCUUCCGAACUCAAAUGAUGGAUCAAGUUUACAAUUUCAUUCAAAACUUAACAGUUAAUUUUAAUGUCUGUUACUAAAAUUUUACUUUUGUAAUGCACUUUGUAACAACGUACGUUUUUCUAUGAAUUUGAAAAUUUUCAUCUCUGUAUUAAACAUUCAUCUCUGUAUUAGACUAACAUCCCAUCCUGGACAGGCGUGGCCCGGAUCACUGCACGGCCAGCUCUCCUAAAAUAUUUUCUACCUCCCCUAGUUUUUCUACGAAAUUAAUCCAGCCUUGGUAUUUUCCCACUAUAUUGGUCGAGAUGCUUUGACUUGAACUAAAAUGAUUUUUUUCUGUGUCGGAAUGAUCAACAUGUAUUCUUUUAAAAUUCUUCGCUGUUUAUAUAAUAUUCCUAUCCUCAAGCAAAAUACGUGUUAUAGGUGACUAACGAUAGCGACCGGGCUGGGCGUAUUUCUUGUCUUCCAUGGCCGGAUUUUGACGCGAGGUGUGGGGAGAUGUUAACCUCCUCUGAGAUCGUUUUGGACUUCCUCUGAGAUCGUUUUGCACAUCCCCGGAGAUUUUACGCCCCUCCCUUCCGAACUCAAAUGAUGGAUCAAGUUUACAAUUUCAUUCAAAACUUAACAGUUAAUUUUAAUGUCUGUUACUAAAAUUUUACUUUUGUAAUGCACUUUGUAACAACGUACGUUUUUCUAUGAAUUUGAAAAUUUUCAUCUCUGUAUUAAACAUUCAUCUCUGUAUUAGACUAACAUCCCAUCCUGGACAGGCGUGGCCCGGAUCACUGCACGGCCAGCUCUCCUAAAAUAUUUUCUACCUCCCCUAGUUUUUCUACGAAAUUAAUCCAGCCUUGGUAUUUUCCCACUAUAUUGGUCGAGAUGCUUUGACUUGAACUAAAAUGAUUUUUUUCUGUGUCGGAAUGAUCAACAUGUAUUCUUUUAAAAUUCUUCGCUGUUUAUAUAAUAUUCCUAUCCUCAAGCAAAAUACGGGUGGAAAAUGAGCAAACUUCAAAGUGUCUAGGGUGAGCUACGAUGUCAUGUAAUUGAGACGAUUUGACCGUGCACAUAUGCUUCAACGUGCACAUAUGUACAUGUUUGGGUAAAUAUGAACAAAAAGGUAAAUGAUCGAGGGCUUUUGCAAGUUUUCAGAGCUAUCGUGGAUGAAAUUGUUUAACUGCGCUCCAACUUUUUUAUUUAUCAGUAUACUGUGCAAGAUAUUAACAGGAUCGCCUUAUUUAAUUUUCCUGGCGGAGGGAGAUCACUAUAAGUCUCCCAUUUCACUUAUAGUGCACAUGCGAGAUUAAUAGUUAACUAGAAAUACAUGCAUCCAGCAACCAUUGCCUAUAUUUUCCAAACAUUGAUUUAACAUGAACUAUUAGUAAUUGACCAACACUGAACGCAGGCUCGCGUUUACGCCAGUGUUGCCAUGGCAACACGAUAAUUUUUUUUAAUUUUUUUUUUUGGACAACAAGCAAAAAAUUAGUUGAAAUGAAAUAUUAUUGCUUUUAACUGUAUAACAAUGAAUUUCUGAAAUACGUAUACGCACUGUAUGUAUGUUGUUGCAUUUUGUGAGCUUUGAUUUAAUUUAAUGUAAAAUUUGUUAACCUGAAGAAUCUCUUCGUAAAAUGUUUUGACUAAUGUUCAUUUUAAUAACUAAACUGCUUUUUCCGAUAAACUGUUUCACUAAAACAAAAUAGGUUCUAAUUGUUGUUGAGUAAUUUCAGUUCGGUUUUCAAAUUAAUUUGCUCUCCUAAUACAUUUUACAUUUUUUCUUAAAUUAUACAGGGUAGUCAUUUAGCAAACUUACAGUUAUUGAAAACGAAAGCAGUGCAUGUUUUACGCAAUAAAUUAAAGCAACAAAAUUAAUAAACAUGAAACAUUCAAACUUUCCCUACAUUUCACGAUUUCACAUAGUAAAUCAAUUCUUCUUAUUUCUUCAAACAAAAAUUGCUUCGAUGCUCAUUGUGUGAAACUUGAUUUUCCUAAUAUAUAUGUUUUUGAAAAUUGAAAUCUUGCUUAUCCCACUCCUGACAAACAGCCAUAUUUUUAGAUCAGUUAUAGGUCCAUCCAUGAACCAUAAUCACGCGCCCGCGAUCAUUAAUGAAUCCGCGCCGUUGGCUUGGGGACAAUAAACAAGUAUACUAUAUCUGCAAGCUCGCCUGCAUGCUUACAAUCCUUAAUAGACCUAUUGCGAAACCCGGACUUUAAUGCACUUCCACUUUGAACACCUGUUGUUUCGCAAGAUUUCCUAUGUAGAUUUCACAAAAACGUGAGUUAUUGCGACUAUCAAGUUUCAAAUAAAACAAGUUGUAAUCUCGGAAUCAAAACGUUCUUUCUAAACCGGAAGUGCGGUAAAACCUGAGUUUUGGGGUCUCCCGAUAUGUCUAAUCCCAAUAUUCAGAUAAUGGAUUCAUUUAAUUCAUUUACAAUACUUUUUAUGAAUUAGUUCAUUUACAAACCUCCUAAUUUGCAUCUAGCACGCGGCGUGUGUCUUCCUGAUCAAUGGAAAUGUGGCAGCGGUGAAUGUAUUCCAGAAAGACAUAAAUGUGAUGAAGAUCCUGACUGUCGAGAUAUGUCCGAUGAGAUCGGAUGUUGUGAGUAAAUGAAAUCCAUUUCUUCCAUUUCUUGUAUACAACUAACAAAGUUGUCCUCCAAAAAUUAAAACUCACCGCGAAACUUUGACCUAUUAACUCCCUUCUUUGUAUAUAUGAUCCACACACAGAUACAGGUAUUGAACAGCACACUCCCUAUCAGGGUUUUUCAGUGACUGGUUACAUUGGGUUUUUCAAUGACUGUGAGCUUACAAAUGGCGCUUUAAGCAGCCGAUAUUAGUCCAUACCUCAUUAAUGAUCUGCCCCCUGUAUAUCAUAAUACAAUCUGUUCAUAUUAAAGAGACAGUUAGCCGUCCACUAGGGCUUAUGGUCAUGCAGAGUUAGGGUUAGGGUUAAGGUUUGGAUUAAGGCUAGAGCUAAGGUUAGUGUAAACUGUAAAGGUUAGGAUUUAGGGUCAGCGUUAAAGUCCAAGUUAAGGUUAGGUUAACAUAAAAAAAGUUUAAAAACCCAAUGAAUUCUGUUCGUUCUUGAGUUUAUGGAGUUUCAGAACGAUAUGAAUUACAUAACACGCAUGUCAGUCGUGCUUUAAGCGCUUAGGGUGAGCGGUUUUGCUUUUCGAGUUUUGACUUUCGGAGGACCUUAUAAUGGAAUUAACUGUAAUGGUGAGGACAUACAAUGUGCCUUGUUGCGUAUGGUAAAUCAACAUUUAAUUUCAUGCACUUCUUUUUUCUAUUGGCUAUGAUCUGCGCCGAUCCACUAUUUUGGUACAAAACAUUUCUUCUGCUAAGAUAUUUGUAAACAUUUGUUUCCUAAUUAGCGAAUACAAGUGUGAUUUGUGACGUGAAAACUCAGUUCCAGUGCACGUCAGGGCAAUGUAUCAAAUUAGAAUUGGCGUGUGAUGAUAACCUAGACUGCUUUGAUGGUACAGAUGAAAACAACUGUAGUAAGUUAAUUAUAUAGUUCACUUCAAUACAUAUACAUGCAUUACAUACAUUAUUAUUCAGCCACUCCCCAUCGGGGAUUUUCGGCGAUCGAUUAUUUCAAGUAUUACACUUCCCUAUAUUACCUACUUAAUUAGCUCAGACUAUUUAUCUUUGCAACAGUUGUGAUAUUAUUCUCCUAAGUAUGCUUAUCCUAAUCCACCCUGUCAACUCUCCAAUGCACAACUUUUGGUAGAGCGAUUACACAUUUGACUCUUUUCGAACUCAUGCACGAUUCCAGAGGUAAAAGGUACUUGCUCCGAUGACGGCGCCUGCGAAGUUCGUCGCGCUUAUACCAAAUUUUUACAUGUAAUAUCUUUUCUAAGUAUAUAUUUUCAAAAUCUUUACAGCCCACAGUGAAUCUGGAUGCACUUCUGAUGGUCGUGCUCAAAAUAAUUGCACUACUGCAGGUUUGUUUUGUACUUUGCGUUCAAAAUACAGAUGAAGUUUUAUUACAUGGGAAGCAUUUGUUCUGUGAAUCGCAGAAUUUAAUUAGCCACUGCCGUACAGGGUUUAAUUUCGCGUAUUGCAGGGUCUUCCUGCGGGUAAUUCGGAAUUUUUAAUACCUUGCGUAAGCCUCAAAUAAUUAUUGUAUUAUUAUAUUACAAGAGGUAUUUGAAGACAAUAUAUAAAAUAAACAUGCAGGGUCCCCCCCCCCCCCCGUCGAUGUUUAAUAUCUUCCUCUACAGCUUAAACAGUUGAGGUUAGAAUGUUUUAAAAUAAAUAUUACCUAUUUUCACUAGUUCAGAGUAAUUCCACUACCUGUCUACAAACACAGUUUCAUUGCUGGAAUGGCCAAUGUAUUGAAGCAGAUAAAAUUUGUGAUGGAAAGAUAGAUUGUCAGGACGGGACCGAUGAAUUUAAAUGUCGUGAGUAAUAGUUUCCAAGGAAGAGCUAAAUGAUGAAUUGGAAAGUGGGAUUGCAGGGCAUAGUUGAUCAUCUUCCCCCUAUCCUCUGUAGAUUUCCAAGCACUCAUAGGGAGAUUUAACACCGAUGAAUUCCUUUUGAUCAUUUAGCCCUUCCUCUUACAAUUUAAUUGAUUUUUUUAAACAUGGAGAAAUUUUCCUAUGCAUGGAGGAAGAAGGGGACAAGUGUUGCUGGAUAGAAAUGUUUAAUAUCCUAACUGUAGCUAAUAAUCCUUAAUCAAAGAUUAGGUCCUAUACACGGCAAAAAAACACUGAGUAUUUUGUCUCAGUGUUUCUAUUUUGACUGAGUAUAUUUUGACUCAGUAUUUUAUAACUUGAGGUUAAUAAUGCACCCACAAUGACUCAAAUUUUUAAGUAAAAUUACUCAAAAUUUGCAGUAUGAGCAAAUUUACUCAAUUUUACUCAUUAAUUAAUUAAUUAAUUUUAUUAGUAAAUAUUUAUACUUUACUAAAAAAUGAAUAAAUUUGCUCAUAAAUUUGAGAAAUUUUACUCAAUACUAUGAGUUCUAUGAGUAUAUUGUUUUACACAGUUUUUAGUCAAAACGUUUCGCAGUGUGAAUUUGAGAAGGCUUUUGGCCUCCUGAAAUUACGUUGUUUACCAAACUUAUAAGCAUAAUGACCUUCUUCUACCAUGUUUUGAUCCAAAACUUGUUAUCAAGCUUAACCAUUUCAUUUUGUUUUUAUUUUUCAGUUGCACGAGAAAAUCAGACCUCAUGCAGCACGAACCAAGGAGGCUGUCACCAGUUAUGUCAUGAUCAUGAUAGUUCGUUUACAUGCUCUUGUUAUGAAGGAUUUGACGUGGAUCGAGGAGACUCAACAAAUUGUGUAGGCGAGUAG